AUGGUGUAUGAGCUUCACAUUCAUAAUGUCAAAUAUUCUGUAUUUCCUGAGGAAGCGCGGGCUGUAUUGCAAACUUUGCAAGUAGCCGAGGGCCUUCUGCACAUUCGAUAUGAUAGAGCAGAAGGGUGGAAAGAGGCAUUCGAAAAUAUGAUUCGCAAUUGGGGGCCUAGAUUCCUGUUGCAGCUGGUUCUGAUCUUCGAUACUGAACAGAGAGCGAAGCAAUGCGCGCAUGCACUCCAUGGACGUUGGAUUAGCGGCCUGAGCAAAGAAGGUCUUGCGGCAACUACUUGCGGCAAUCCGGAUGCUCCGCAGACAUCUGGAGUUUUUGCCGCUACUCCCGAGGGCUUGGGUGGGUGUCGACCUUCUUUGCCUAUGUAUCCCGACUUUGUGCAUGUCUCAACAAGUCCUUUGACGCCAUGCAUGCCUGCAGCGGCAGCAAUGAUUCCUGGUGGACUACACACCACUGUACCGCCGACAUCGUUGGGACUCAGGACAGUGCCAACCAGGCCAUCGCUGCGUUGCAAGUCGACUGCUGCGGCUAAAGGUGGCACUUCUCCUUUGCGACAAGGACUUGCAUCAGAUUCUACAUCUCAUGCAAAACGAAGGAGUCGGUCGCCGCAAAGAACCGUUUUCCCUUCUAUGCAGCCAGCUUCCACUUCAUACGUCCGAAAUUACCCCAUGGAUGGCACCUCCGAUGAGGAACUCCGUGCAGGUUUGCUUCGUUUCUUGCAAGAAGAAUGA